CAAUGGGCACGCUCGGGGGAGCCGGGCUGGCGGCGGCGGCCGGCGGGGCGCGCACUCCCGGGAUGGAGGGCGAGCGCCCGGCGUCUCCGGCGCGCUCCUCCGGCCUCCCGGCCGGGGGCGCUGACGGGGAGAGCCCGGGGGGCGGCGCCCCCUUCCCGGGCAGCAGCGGCUCCUCGGCCCCGCUGCAGGGUGAGGUGCUGGAUCUGGACGAGGACGAGGACGACCUGGAGGUGUUCAGUAAGGAUGCCUCAUUGAUGGACAUGAACUCCUUUAGCCCUAUGAUGCCAACGUCCCCUUUAUCAAUGAUAAACCAAAUCAAGUUUGAAGAUGAGCCAGAUUUAAAGGAUCUCUUCAUCACAGUUGAUGAACCUGAAAGCCAUGUUACUACCAUUGAAACUUUCAUUACUUAUAGGAUUAUUACUAAGACAUCUCGUGGGGAAUUUGACUCCAGUGAAUUUGAAGUUAGGAGACGUUAUCAAGAUUUCCUUUGGUUGAAGGGAAAGCUUGAAGAAACACACCCCACUCUGAUUAUUCCACCAUUGCCAGAAAAGUUUAUAGUAAAAGGAAUGGUAGAACGCUUUAAUGAUGACUUCAUUGAGACACGCAGGAAGGCAUUACAAAAGUUUUUGAACCGAAUUGCUGAUCAUCCAACUUUAACAUUUAAUGAAGACUUCAAAGUGUUUCUCACUGCACAAGCUUCGGAACUCUCCUCUCACAAGAAGCAAGGGCCGGGGUUGCUAAGCAGGAUGGGGCAAACAGUCAGAGCUGUUGCAUCCUCAAUGAGAGGAGUUAAAAACCGCCCAGAGGAGUUCAUGGAAAUGAAUAACUUUAUUGAAAUAUUUAGCCAGAAAAUAAAUUUGAUAGAUAAAAUAUCUCAGAGAAUUUACAAGGAAGAAAGAGAAUAUCUUGAUGAAAUGAAAGAAUAUGGCCCAAUUUAUAUUCUGUGGUCAGCACCAGAAGAAGAUCUGGUUGAUACUCUAAAAGAUGUUGCCAGCUGUAUUGACAAAUGCUGUAAAGCCACUGAAAAACGGAUGUCUGGACUCUCAGAGGCCCUGCUUCCUGUCGUACAUGAGUACGUGCUUUAUAGCGAAAUAUUAAUGGGUGUUAUGAAAAGAAGAGACCAAAUACAAGCAGAACUGGAUUCCAGAGUUGAAGCUUUGACCUAUAAAAAGGCAGAUACUGAUCUACUUACAGAAGAGAUUGGCAAACUUGAAGAUAAAGUGGAAUGUGCUAAUAAUGCCCUGAAAGCAGAUUGGGAAAGAUGGAAACAAAAUAUGCAAAAUGAUAUCAAGUCAGCAUUUACAGAUAUGGCUGAGGAGAAUAUCCACUAUUACGAACAGUGCCUUGCUACGUGGGAAUCAUUCCUUACAUCACAGACCGACCUCCACUUGGAAGAAGACUCUGAAGAUAAACCUUAAUCCUGUCGAGGUCCCCUUCUGUUGAUCUUUGGGGAACAGCAUCUAUCAACCAAAGUUAUUCUUUCUAGAUCUGCCGUGUCCUUUAUAAAGUGGAUGAGAAGUGUUUUUUACUAUCUGGAAAACCAACAAAUUAAAAACUCAGGUAUUCCAGGUCAUUGAUAUGAAUUUGGAGAUAUAUAUCUAUCUAUGUGAUAUACAGAGAGAUUUAGCUUAGUUAUAAUUAUGUUCUUAAAUUUGUGUGCCAAUAAUUGCAUAUAGAAUUUUUUAAAAAUAUAUGACUGUGGAAUAUGACAGUGUUGUAAAGACUCAGUUUUAAUAAAAGGUUUAAUAUGAAA